AUGAAACCCACCUUCCUUACUUCUCUCGCCCUUGUCAGCAUAUUCCAACCAAUGAAUAUGCUGUUCGCGUCAGCGCAUCCGUCAGCACCAGCAUCAGCACCAGCGAAACUCGAAUUGAAUACGAAAGCCAAUUGCUACACACCUCCAGAUAAUGGCACUGGCUGCUCAGAUGACAUCCCUUAUACCCCAGCCGCCGAGGACCCUAUCAGGGACAUGUGUAAGAACGAUUGGCUAGUGCGGGAAGAGAGGAAGAUGCUAACAACCAUGUCAAAAUGUAGUGCAAUCCCUACCCAGGCUGGAUACCACAUAAAAAUCACUGGCAGUGUGUGA